AUGAAAAAUAUAUUAUCUAUUAAAUUAGAUAUAUUAUUAUUAAUACUAGGCUUUCUUAUUGUGUUAAGUACUUCGUUGGUACUCGGCCUUAUUGGACAGUUCAUCUAUUGGCUUUUAUACGAUUCAUUUGGUCGUUAUGAAAAGCGAGCUAAACGAAAAUUGAAAUUGAUAAAUAAUCAACAAGAUAAUGAAUACUAUGUUAUUAUAAUUGGUACUGGUUUUUCUGGUCUUGGUAUGGCUAUUAAAAUGAAUGAACUUGGAAUGGAUAAUUAUAUUUUAAUUGAACGACAUGAACAUGUUGGUGGUACAUGGUAUGCAAAUAAAUAUCCAGGUUGUGCAUGUGAUAUUGCAUCAAAUCUUUAUUCAUUUUCAUUUGAACCUAAUCCAAAAUGGUCA